GACACGCGCAGGAGCGGGAUGCCAAAGGGAGGCCGGUAGGCGGCAGCAGGAGCCGGAGCGGGAUGCGGCAACUGUGAGGGAAGGCGGGGAUGAGGUAGCCGUCGCCGGCGGAGUCGGGCGCGCCGCUUCCUCCUCUGCUCCUCGCAUGUGCCUUAAGAGCAAUACGGAAACCUUCGCCUGCGGGAGCCAUGUCUGAAAGCGGCUCCACGCCCGCCGCCGCCGCCACCAUCCCCAACGGCGGGGCCGCCUCACGGCACCCCGGCAAUAAAGUGGCCGUGGUACUGGGGGCACAAUGGGGCGACGAGGGCAAAGGGAAAGUGGUGGACUUGCUGGCGCAGGACGCGGACAUCGUCUGCAGGUGCCAGGUGAGGAGCCGGGCGGGCCGAGUCACCUUGAACUCUCCCGGAGGCGCGCGCGGGGAGGCGACGGGCCGCAGAGAGAACGAGAGCGGACCCCCCGCGGCUCUUCCCGCCGCCGCCGCCUCGGUUUCUAUAGUAACUGCCGCGCUCAGGCCGGGCGCCGCGCUUUUUACCCGCCGCCCUGGUCUAACCAGCUGGCCGUCAGGGCGAGCCUCUCUCCUUCGUUUCCCCCAUAGCCGGCUCUUCCCGCUUCCUCCAUUGUUGCGACUGAGCGGGGCUGCUGCUUCCUUGCGAGCGCCUGGAGCCGCGGAGCCGCCUCCCCACCCGGGCCGACUACGCUGCUUUGUGACGGACGGCGGUGGGGAAAGACGGCAGCGACCUGUUCCUUCCUUCCCGCCCCCCCCCCCGCUGUUUCUUUUAUCUCUCUCUACUCUGACUGUUUCCCGCCGCCCGCUUCUUUUUCUCCUCGGGCAGCCCUGCAGUGCAGCAGUGGCAGCCCUUCGCCCAGGCGAACGAAAUGCAGCGGCGGAAAAGAGGCGGCUGAAGGAGCUGCUGGCAAGGCCUUGGCCAGCCCCUUCGCCAGGAAGCUGUUGUCUUCCUUGAGGCUCCACCAUGAGUUCACUGGCGGGAGGAGAGGUUCAUCUCAGGUGUUCAGCUCCUGUUGUGUUGCCUGCCCAAAAUAAGAAACAAGCGUCCUCCUGUUUUCUUCACCUCUGUGUGAUACUUGAUGUCUAAAGGAAGAGAUCCUAGACUCAGGCUUCUCUCUUUUUCUCCCUCUUCUUAUGACCAAUCUGGUAUAGCUAAUUUCUUCCAAGUAUGUGGAUAAUGCUGUUUAAAUAAUACAGGUAAUGGUAAGAUCCUAAAUUCAGUUGAAAAAUCCUUAUCAAAACGUCUAUUGUCUUUCAUUAAGUGAUUUUGAUGGAAACGGAUAAUCCAAAGAACAGGUAAUGGCCCUGCAAUCUCUAUCAGAAUUGCAACCAAGAUUACUUAGGAUCCAAAGUGCACCAUGUGCAUGCCUAAAACUCUGCUUUGCAUGCACAAAACAUGGGUUGUUUUCAUCUUACUAAUGCAGCCUCUUACACAGCCUUAGGAUUCUCCAGAAGGGCAGGGGAGGGGUGGAGAAAGAGCAGGAAGCUCAAGAGGUGGUGAUGCAAAGUGCCCUGUUGAAUCCAUAGAAGUUCACACACAAUUCUUUGGGUGCUUUGUUUCUAAAUUGUAGUCUGUGUAUUUCAGAACAUGCUCAGGUUGGAAGUGCUUUCUCAGCCUUAAACAAUGAAGUAGGAAUUCUGUGCUUAUGAGUUGAAAAAAAAUCAAAAGACCUGCCAUACCUAGACUACUUAGAAAAAACUAAGGCUGCCAUGUUGUUGUUUUUAAGAAUCUGAUCCAACUGUUUUGCACAUGACUCUUCUCUUAUACAGAUAUAUAAGAAAGUAUGUGCAUAAUCCUGUGUACAUAUAUUUGCCACAAAUACUGAUGGGUUGUAUUCAGUUAAGUCCUGCUCAAAAGUAGAUCAACUUGAUGUUAAUGAACCUAAAUUAGUCAUGGCUGUUUACUUUGAGCAGGACUCACUUUGAAUAUCACCCCAUAUUUAGAAGUUACAAAAGUUUAUAUACACUUUUCUUUUUUAUCUGCUCCAAAUGUAAGCACCUGCUCAUAUCAUAGUUGGUUGUGUUGAAAUUAGUAAUACACUGCUAUGCUCUGUCUCACUUUUCUGAGCUGCGAGAAGUUCCAGGGACAUAGUGUUUGUCUGGAUUUCCUUCCAUUUCAGCAGAGAUUUAUAGAAUUUUGAAUUAUUUUACUUUUAAUUAGAUAUAUACAGUGUCAUAUAAAAUCUCCAGAGACAGGCAGUUCUCAAGAAUGCUUUCUCUGCCUGAACUAGUAGAUCCCCAAAUCUCAGCUCUGUGUCUUACUUGAAAAUUAUGCAGCUAUCUGCUUUGUUGCCUUUCCCAGAUAUGCAUUCUCCUAGAUUGCAUUAUCCCUAGCUGUAGGGUGGGUAGAUGGGUGAGAUAGAAAGCUACUUUCUACCAAGUCUGACCACUGAUUUAUCUAACUUAGUGUUGUUGACACUGGCUAAUACAUGUACUGUAAGGUGUUUUCAGGGUUUCUGACAGAAGCCUUCCUCAGCCUAGCUUUGAAGAUACCAAUUAAUUUGGAUCUUCACAAGGGGAAGGGGGCCUGUAGAGGAGACAGUCCUUCACAUGUUUGAAGUAUAAGUCAUUUGGAGUGUUAAUCUAGCAUGAAAACAAACAAACUGGUAGCCCAAUACAGCUGUUCUAGAACAUGGAUUAUAUGAGUUCUGAAGGUAACACAGAUAUUAAUCUGCCUGCUGCAUUUUGAACCCGUUGAAGUUUCUGAGUUUUCUUCAAGGGCAGCCCUCAUAAAGACAGUCCUACAUAUCUUUUGCAAACUGUCAGUGACUGGCAGAAGCUGAAAUUUUUCAGCAAGUCUUAACAUUUAUAAAAAGCUGCACUGUUAGCUACUAUGGGGCAAAAACAGUUAAGAUCUUGGUUUUUUAUCUGUCUGGUGUAAACUUGCAAGAUAAAUAAGGUUUGAGAAAUAACCCAUGGUUUUGCAAAGAAAGAUACUAGAAAAAUAAAAUUUUCAAGUAAAUUGAUCACUUGAGAAAGAAGGGAAAAGAUUGAAAGGCUAAUACACUUUUGUUAGGACAACCAAAAAGUGUCAAAAUGGUUGGCAAACUUUGUAGAACACUUCUUCAUGUUGGACGUUAAGAACACAAGAAAAGCCUGAAUCAGAGCAAAGGCCCAUCUAGUCCAAGUAUUCUGUUCUCACAGCACUCUGUUUUGCAACAACAUUGGAAGGCCACAAGUCCCCACCUCUGACUUAAAUAAUAGCCCUAUUCACAGAAAUCUGAAACCUUAACAAUUCUUAGAAGUGAGAUUUUUAACACACACAAUCUCAUCCCAGUUUGUUCUAUUAAAAUGGUGCUUUCCAAUGCCUGCUUUUGAUGGAACAACUUUCAGAUAAGGAGAAAGCAAAUUAGAUUAUUUGCUGAAGUGAUAACAUAUCACCAGUGUUACAAUACAGUACAGCAUAUGCUGCACGUUGUUUUCUUGUUUGCAUUUAAAUGAAAAUGUAUAAAUGUAGCUUGUAAAAAUAUUGUGUACAUUUGAUAAUCUGGUCUUAAAGUGUGUCUAAAAAUCAGUGUGGUGAGUCUGAUUUCUAGUGAAGUGCAAUUAAUGGCUAAACCUUGAAGUCUGUUUAACUGUUGAAGUAGGGAACAAGAACCACACAUCAGUUUCUCAUUGAGCAACAUUCUGCAUUUUCUUACAAAGAUCACAUACUACCAAGUCAUCGGCACUAUUACUUCAAAAGCAUAUUUUUCCCUUAUUCAUCUUUACAGAACCACUGUACCUUAGGCUAUGAUAGGUUAUUAGCAUUAGGAACAAGUAUAAUACACCCUGAGUAGAGAUGUGAAGGCCUGGGAAAAGUACUGGAAAAAUUGCAUGGAAGCGGUAGGUUUUUAAAAAAUCUGUCCCCUCCCCCCCCCUCACCAUCACAUCUCUAACCCUGAGCAUCUCUUCAUAUUAUGCUUUGCUUGUUUGCAGCCAUCAUUUGAAGGAAAUGAUAGCUGUUGCAUUUGUGUAUAGAAUGGGCAAAUUGUAAUUUGGACAGAGUUGGAUGCCACAGAGCAAGUCCAAUAGAGCACUGUUUGAUCCUUCUGUACUGGAUUGGUUUCAAUUACUGUGGUCUGAGGAUGUGGCAAGCUGAUUGUAAAAUAUGCAACUAACCACCUGCCCCUUUCACCUUUGCCUGUCUUGGCUUCUUGGACUUAGCUGUAGGGGGUUGAUUGGGUGUGUCUGAGGAUUAGUGCUUCCCUGGAGGAGAAAAAGUACCCGUCUUGAAGUGGUGCAUUAAAAAGUGGUCUUUAAAUAGACCUCCCUGCAGUCAGAUGUGUUGGACAACUAUCGCCCAAUAACAAAUAUCCCCUCUUUGAGCGUGUUGUGGCACAGCUUCAGAUAUGUUUGGGAGAAAGUGAUUGCUUGGAUCCAUUCCAGUCUGGCUUCAGGCCCAGUCAUAGCACUGAAACUGCCUUGGUCGCCCUGGUUGAUGACAUUUGGCAGCAGAGAUGUGGGAAGUGCAACCCUUCUUGUUCUUCCUGAUCUCAGUGGCCUUGAUACUGUUGACCAUGGUAUUCUUCUGGAGCUUCUCAGGCAGGUCGGAGUUGAGGGCAUUGUUCUUCAGUAGCUCUGCUCUUACCUCCAGGAACAGUUUCAAAAAGAGUUGUUCUGUGGUGUCCUGCAGGGUUUCAUCUUGUCCCCCAUGCCCUUGAAGAAACAUCAACUGGUCCAAAAUGCAAAGGCCAAAUCACUUGUUGGGGUUCCAUUUAUAACACAUAUAAUUCCUAUUUUAAAACAGCUACAUUGGUUGCCUGUUCAUCUUUAUAUGUCAUUUAGGGUGCUCACACUAGUGUCUAAAGCCUUAAAUGACUUAAGCCCCAAAUAUCUGAACAGCUGCCGCCUUCUCAACAGACACACUCUGGUGUUAAGCUCAGAACACUGGGGUCCUCUUGGUGGUUCUUCUGCCCUCAAAAGCUGAGGUUGCGGGAUACCCUGAAAGAAAGCAUUCUCUGUGGCAGACACCCACAGAGGGGUUUAUGGCACCUUCAUUAUGCAGCUUUCAUCAUGAGCUUAACCUGAUCUUUGACUUUCUGUCUGUCUCUGUAUAUCUAUCUAUCUAUCUAUCUAUCUAUCUAUCUAUCUAUCUAUCUUUCUAUCUGGACCCAUUCUAGUUGUGACUGUAAUUUCUGUUAAACUGUUUUUAAUGUAUUUUACAUAGUUGCAUCCUGCCCUGGGACCUUCUGGUGAAGGUUAGGUGGCUAUGGUGUUGUUGCUGCUGCUGCUUCAAGAGUGGGCCCAUAUAUUGUGUAGGAUCCAAAGUUGUGCAAGUGGGAGCCUCCAUAAACCUAUCUGAAGGGCCAAGAAAUUCUUCUAAACAGCGGGGGCUACGUUAUGAUAGGGAAUUACCAAAAGUCAGGUGGACACAAUUUAUGCAAACACUUGCCUAUGUUGUUCAUAUAAUGUAGAGGGGAGGGAAGUGGACAAAAAUUAUCAGGUGCCAAAGACUUAGUAGGGACGCGGGUGGCGCUGUGGGUAAAACCUCAGCGCCUAGGACUUGCCGAUCGCAUGGUCGGCGGUUCAAAUCCCCGCGGCGGGGUGAGCUCCCGUCGUUCGGUCCCAGCUCCUGCCCACCUAGCAGUUCGAAAGCACCCUUAAGUGCAAGUAGAUAAAUAGGUACUGCUUUAUAGCGGGAAGGUAAAUGGCGUUCCGUGUGCUGCUCUGGUGCCGGUUCGUCACGCUGGCCACGUGACCCGGAAGUGUCUAGAGUGAGAUGAGCGCACAACCCUAGAGUCUGUCAAGACUGGCCCGUACGGGCAGGGGUACCUUUACCUUACCUUUAAAGACUUAGUGAAUUGGGGAGACUGCUUCAUGAGUAAGCAUGCUUUAUUUCUUAUAACUCUUCAGAGGUGUAGUGCUUCUUAUCACUUCAUCUACAUGUUUAAAUAUUCUUUUUAAUGGUUGUGUGCUUUUAGUUAAGGAUCUUGCAUGUUUUUAAUACUUUUAUUGCUCACAAAAACAAUAGCAUAGAUGGUUUGGUAGUUCAAAGUACCGUAUUUUUCGCUCUAUAAGACGCACCAGACCACAAGACGCACCUAGUUUUUGGAGGAGGAAAACAAGAAAAAAAAUAUUCUGAAUCUCAGAAGCCAGAACAGCAAGAGGGAUCGCUGCGCAGUGAAAGCAGCAAUCCCUCUUGCUGUUCUAGCUUCUGUGAUAGCUGUGCAGCCUACAUUCGCUCCAUAAGACGCACACACAUUUCCCCUUACUUUUUAGGAGGGAAAAAGUGAGUCUUAUAGAGCAAAAAAUACGGUAUGCUGAAUGCUGGUCAUAGUUUUCAUUGGUAAAGCAGUGUACCAUUUGCUUAUAACCUCAUUUUUUUAUUUAGAGAAUUUUUAAUCUACAGCAUUUUACAAAUCUCUAAAAAAGAUUGACAUCCUUGGUAUAAAUCUGCUGUAAGAGUAAUGAUAGAUUGGUUUUUUAAGCAAUUACUGCUGUAUAACUGAUAGCAAUCUCUUUGCUGAGUUCACAUUGGUAGAUAAUGGCUUGGUUUGAUAAGCAGCAGUGAUCCAUGAUGAGUGAGUGAUUAAGUGAUACCUUGAAACUCUUGUUAAGCUGUGACAUCAUCAAAGGAACUGGCUUUGAAGUCCAGUUGCUUUCAAAUUAGCAAAUGAGCAUGGGAAACUGAGGUUUCUUUCUUUUCUUUUUUUUUAAAGGAUGUUAAUUUGAUUUGAAGUAAGCCUCCAACAGUGUGCAGAACUGGUGCAUGGUUUUCUGCUGCACUGAGCCAAUGUGGUUAUAUGUUCUUAAGUGGAAUCAGUUGCCAUCUUCAUGCACCACUUUAACUUUCUCAGGUUGUUAAAUUGUGAGCCUCAACUAUAGUUUCCAUUGGUGUUGCUUUUUUGGGGAAAUUACCUUAAUUUGCAGAGGAAAAUUAUCAAACUUGUGAAAAGUAAUUUUCAUUUUUCAUUGGUAAAUGGUCUGAUGCCCUAGAGUGAUCUAAUUUAUCAUGCUUAUUUUUCUUGUAUCUAAUAAACAAAAGUAACAAUUUCAGAACUGCCAGGCUUGCCUAAUUUUUAUGUGCAAUUAAGAUCCAUUCAUUUUUGCUAAUGAACUUAGGAAAUGCGAAAAGCUCAAUGGAAUUAUUUCUACCCGUCAUCACUGGUAGCGUUAUGCAGUUCUUUGGGCGUGAAACAGAACCAAAAGCUUGCAUUAAUCCAUUUGCUAAUCACAUUCUCCUAGUAUGAGCUAUGUGGCUCAGGGUUCCUUCAAAACUGAUACAAAUAUCACAGAUUUGGAGGGAUCAGACUUUCCACUGCUCAGCUGGAUAGGAUAUCACUAUCUUUUGUUUAAAAAUAGAAAUGAUUUUAAUUCUAAACACUUUUGUGUAAACAAACAAACAAGCAAACAAACUUGUUUUCUUAGGUAGUUUACAUGUAGGUAUCCUAAGGGCUUCUAAUGUGUAGAUUUUUUCUUUUAAGAGUCCCAGUGAUUACAUCUGCAGUUUUAAAAUAAGCCUGUCUUUCUAGCUGUCAGAUUAUUUGAUCAUAUACAAUUGCAAACAAUAGUGUAGUGGUAAAUUAAUCUUUGUAAUGUACCAUGCCAGAAAUCAACCAGAUUUCUUGCAGUAAAGUGUUAAUUUGUUAAAAUAUUAUCUCAUUUUUCCUUUGACAUAUGUUUACUUAACUAGUCAACAUGCAUAGCAGUUAAGAUACUUUAGGAUUAUCAGUUUGUGGUCAGGGAUUGCAUUCAUGUCUGAAACAUGAUAUGAGCAAUUGGCAAUUCUUUUUUAAAAAAUAUUAUUCAUUCCACAACUGCAGUCUAUUUUGUGUAUAAAACUUCACUGUUUUCUGCAAAUGGUGUGAUGGAAUACUUGUGAUAGGGGAUAUAUUGAACCCCACGGUAUCUAGACUUUUGCUUCCUCUGGUGCCUCCUUCAUCUGCCAACAGAGGCUAUGAGGGGCGUUAGCAGCAGCCCGGUGAAGAAGCAGCAGCUUCGAGGGAUGUAACAUCUAGUUGACUCAGCAGGUUUCAGAAAUGAGUGGAAGUUGGAACAUGGAAGAGAUGGGGAAACAUAUUUACAUAUUUGACCAAUCUUAGUAACUCUUAUCUAUUUCAUAGUGUUUUAAUUAUUUUUUAAUGUUAUGUUGCCUUAAGAGGUCAUGGCAUAAGCACUACAAGUAAAAUAAAUAAAUAAAUUACUAAUCAUUCUGUGAUAGGAUUUAGAAUUUGGCUGCUUAGGAAAAUCUGGAUUUCAAGCUUGUUCUGAAGUCUAAUCCUGUUCCAUUUCAUGGAAAAUACUGUUAACCUUUUCAGCAGAAAUUUACUAAGAGUGUAGUUGCAAUCCACAGGCUUGGCUAAGAUUUCACAUGUGUGCUUUCAGCUGUAGCCCUCAGGACACUUGAUACGCAGUAUAUCCAUAGUAAGCGUAGCUAAUGUGAUUUAUAGAUAUGCAUAGUUGAAGUUGCGGUGCAGCUCAUACUAGAAUAGUUAUAGUCCUCCUCUGGAUUUGAUACAUGUUAUGCAGCCUGUCAUUUCUACUCCUCUUCUAACUACUUACUAUAUUAGUCUGCUUAUAUGGGAAUGCAGAGACCUGGGGACUGAAAGGAUUUUAGAAUGUUGCCUAAGAGUCUGCUAGUUUUGAUGCUGUGUGAUUGUUUUCCAUAUGGCUAGCAUAAUUAUUUGUCUGGUAGCAUAGUUUGAGCAGCUGUUGGUGGGUGACAUUGGUGGCGGACUUGUCUUUCCCCUUCCUCUCCUCUACUGUGUGCACCCCCAAAAUCUGCUUGGAGUGUUAGCAGAUUUUGGGGGCACAUGUGGAACUGCAUGGAGAAGAAGAAGAAAGAAGUGUCAUUGUACAGGUGGAUGUCAAUUGUGCAGUCUAAGUGGAGAUUUCAUUCUCUUUAAUAUCUUUAGGCCUGGCAUGCAUUGUUAAAUUGAAAGUAGUGUUUUAUCUAAGUGUAGCUCAUUGGCCCAGUUUGCAUGCCACAUUAAACCACAGUUAAAGUAAGCUAUGAUUUAAUGUGAAGAAUCAGUGUGCUUCUGCCCGUUGCUGAAAUUUCAGGCACCUGUGUCAGGGAGGAAAGUACCCACAGUCUUGUUUGCUUGGGGAAACCCACAUUCACAUAUGACAACAAGACAGACUCAGAGUUGUUUCCUCCCUGACAUGGCAGCAGUUGGAAUGGGGGAGCAGGGGCAAACUUUGAUGUUUCAAAUUUUAGUGGCACCCUCUGCAAGGCCAAAAUUUGGCACCCCAUGCAUCUCACCUUCUGUUCUGCUCAAUUCACUAUGUCAUAGUUGCAGUGCUCUGCAGCGGCCACUAUGCUCGGUGGCCAGUGUGGCGGAAUCGGUCACACUGCCCUAAAUCUGCCUCUGGAAGAAGGAAUAAAACUUCCAUGAUUUCAGCAGCAUGCACUAGCUUAUUUUAAUGCUGCUCUGAGCCCCAAGAAGGAAGGGCAGGAUAAAAAUUCAUUAAACAAAUAACUAUUAAUAGGAAAUACAAGCAUGUUGGCUUGCAAAAUUCUUGAGGGAAAUCCAUAUCCCAAACAACCACUUUAGAGGAGUAGAAAGGUUCUGUUUCCAUUUGCCCACACAUGGUAAUUGAGGCAGGGAUUUUGGCCCCAUGCAACUGCUCAGAGAAAGUAAUUUCUGAAUGAAUUUGUUUCUGUAAUUUAUACCUCUUUUUCUAACAAGUACUUUCAAGGCAGCACAACACAGUAUCUGUGAAACACUGCUGUGACAGAAGCAAGUGCACACAUGCCAACUCUUAUUUAAGCUAAUAUUUGGAGUGGGGAAGGCAGGCAGAUUCCCUUCCCCAAAUGUAAGAUUUUUAAAGAGAUCCUUGUUUCCCAGGAACCCAUUCUGGCUUUCUUCUUGCUGCAUGUGCCCAGUGUGGUUCGAUGCCGGAGAUCCACUUUACUAAAGGGAGAGUAAUACUGGAGACUGAUUCCCCACCCCUCUACCCCAGAAGUUGAAUGUAUGAAAUGCCUGCACAGUUUCAAGUAGCUCACAACUAUUCAUCAGCAAGAGAAACUCGCAUAUUAGGUUACUGCUAGGAAAGAAGUUCAAAUAAGGACAUGAGCUUUGUAGCUCUUUUGGAUGAGCAGCUCUAGAGAGACUUGAUAAACAUUUCUUAUUCUUGAAUGUAGGAAAUAGAACAUUUCUUAUUUGUAUAAAAUGUUUUCAAUUUUAAAAGAUACUAUGGGAUCAAAUGAUAGCAUUACCUCUUCAGAUCAAUGUUAUUUAAACUUGGAAUCCAAAGUUAGUCUUUUUGAGAUGCCUGAAAAUAAUAUUGAUAUUGAUUUAUAGGCACUGAUAUAAGGGUUUCCUGAUCUCUAAUUUCCUUAAGAAAGGGAUCCUUGUGGAAUUCCCUCCCCACAGAAGUGUGGCUGUUACUUUCAUUUACGGUUAUUAUUAUUAUUAAUUAGAUUUCUAUGCUGCCCUUCAGCCAAGGGUCACAGGGCUGUUUACAAUAUGGUUUUCAUUGUAUGCUGCAGAUGUACCUCUUUACUCUGCUGUUUGAAAUUUGAGAUCAUUUCUAUGUCCAGCAUUAGAAACUCAGAUAUAUAAGCUGGGCACCAAAUAGCUCCUUAAACCAAGGUUACAGUUGCCAAAAUGGAGUGUCUAGUUGCCAUUUUGGGGGAAGACGGCAUCAUGUCUUACAAGAACAGCAUAGGCAGGAGAGCUGCAUGAUGAGCUUUGGACACUGUUCUUAUCAUUUAGUCCUUAUGGUUGCAGAGAUAACAUGGUUGCAGAGAUAACAUACCAACGCACUCAGGCCAAAUAUAGUUUUCUAAUUUUGAAUCAUAUGUUUUGCUGAAGGCUUUGCUCUGUAUACAUUUCUUAAACUUCAGAGUUCUUCCAGAUCAAAUAAAACCUAAAUUGUUUUAAAGGUAACAGAACUUAUUAGAAGUCAGAUUUCACUAUACAGUGGUACCUCGGGUUACAUACACUUCAGGUUACAGACUCCGCUAAGCCAGAAAUAGUACCUCAGGUUAAGAACUUUGCUUCAGGAUGAGAACAAAAAUCAUGCGGCGGCAGCGGAAGGCUCCAUUAGCUAAAGUGGUGCUUCAGGUUAAGAACAGUUUCAGGUUAAGAACGGACCUCCGUGUGGUGCGCAUCCUGGGAGUGCGGUUGCGAUGGACCCUUUCCCCAAAUGGUACCCGGUGUGGUGCGCUCCCCCUCCCCUCGUCCAUAUGCCAGUGGAAGUAUUACUGCACGAACAGAAACCCUUGCAUGAGUGUGACAACUUCAAUGGAUACAACUCAUUGAAAUUUAUGUACUAUUCUUUUGACUUUAUUUAAGAAUAUGAAGUAACAUAGGAUGGGAUUAUAAAAGUUUGUAGAGAACACCAUCCUUCUUUUCUGAACUCAUGUAUAGAACCCCUUUCUAAUUCUCAUGAGGUGAUUCUAAAUUUCUAGAUGUAUGAAAAAGAUAAGAUAGGCAAGGCAAAUGAAUUAAUGGUUUAGUCUGCCAAUGAAAUUCUUUAUGAAUCUCUUGAAUGUUUAAGACAUGGCAGAAAUGGCAUGCUAGACCUCUAUAAAUAUUGGCACUGUGGACUACUGCAAGGUAAAUCUUGUCAGAAAAAAUAUGCCCAGUAUGUUCACAUAACUGGAAUGCUGUGUUUGCAUAUUUUACUAGCUAUUCAACCACAAAAGUCACUGAACAUUCUGUGUGUUUCUUACACAGCACAGUUAAACUGGCCUGAUUUUUUAAAAAAACAUUGUCCUCUUUUGUUAAUUAGAUAAUAGAGUACAAUCCUAAACUCUGAGUGAGUUUAGGAUUGUACUGUAUUAUCUAAUUAACAAAAGAGGACUAUGUGCUCUAGCAUUCCACUCUACACAAUGAAUUUCCUUCUAAACAAGAAUGCUUGUGACUAUUUCCUUCUAAACAAGAAUGCUUAUGACUAUUGUUCUGUGCUCACUUACCUGUGAAUAAACCCCAUUGAAAGCACCAGGACUUAGGAAGCACACAUAGGGUUGUCCAAUUAUUUGCUACAAAUUAUUAGUAUUUCUGUGUUAAAAUAAUCAUCCUUGUACUGGUUUACCUAUGCAUAAGAAUAGGUUACAAAAUGGUAAAGCUUGGUUGCUUUUUACGGGAAUUACCAAUUCAGUAAUGACUCCUUUGAAGACUUCAGCUACCACCUGUAAAAUCUCUGCAGCCCUCUCCUUCAUGAGGUGGCCCAAGUGCAGUGGAUGCCUCCUCCUCCUCCUCCUUUGUCCCGCCUCCUCCUGCCUUUGCGCAGUUAGGGCAAAAUGGAGCAGCCACGUGGGGAGGGGGAGAGAGAGAGAGAGAGAGAGAGAGGCAGAGGCGGCGGCGGUGCAGAGACCCAGCCAGAUCCGCUGGAUCCCAGCCCACCUGCCUCCUCUGUGCCCUCUCCAGAAGAGGAUCCCUCUGGAAAAGGUAGGUCGCUCCCUCGCUCGCUCCCUGCCAGCCCAGUUCCCGCUUCAAAAGGAAACAAACUUGCGAAGCAAGCCCAUAGGGAAAUUUGUCUUACGAAGCACCUCAAAAACCGCAAAACCCUUUCGUCUUGCGAGUUUUUCGUCUUCCGAGGCAUUCGUCUUGCGGGGCACCACUGUAACAGGUUUGAGAUUUGUUGUUUAUGUAGCCAAGUUCAGCAGAAAGUAGCUUGAUUUGUUUUUCUUCCAAGUAACAGACAGGAACAACAUGUAUGAAAGGGUUGAUAGUUCCAAUGUGAGCUUUUAAUAACUAUUUUAAGACAAAAUGAAGAAUAAUAAAUCCUAUCUUACCUGCAGGGAGGCAACAAUGCUGGGCAUACUGUCGUAGUAGAUUCUGUGGAAUAUGAUUUCCAUCUCUUACCCAGUGGUAUCAUCAAUCCAAAAGUUACGGCUUUUAUUGGUAAGUGGUAUUUUUCAGAAUAUACUGUACCUCUACAGUUUAAAGUCUUUUUUGUAAUUGUUAUUUUAUUGAAAAUUUUUCAAAUAUAAAGCAGUAAGUGACACAUAAAGAGAAAAAACAAAACGAAACACACAACUGUGUAAAGGGGGGGAAAAGCACAUAUGAAUAUAUAGAAUAAUACCCUAACCCAUACAUUCUUUUAUAAAUUUGAUAUUAUUAUCCUAAUACUAAUGUAAAUAUUAAUAGCCUACUACAUUUUGUAUAAAUUUGUUCCAAAUUUUCUUGUAUUUAUCCAAGCAGAGUCUAUGUCUGUAAGCAGUCCGUUCAUAGGUUGCAAGUCUUAUCAUAUUAUCAAUCCAGUUCAUCUCUAGGAAAUUUUACCAUCAAGAAAGAUGGUAUAAAAAGGUUGACUAUCCCUGGACUAGAUUAUCAGACUAAACUCUUCUGGAUGUGACCCUGCCCUUCCAAGUAAGCAGGGGUGCCAACUUGAAUAAAAUACUGGGAGGAGGGCAAGGGUGUCAACUUUGGAGGGCAGCCCUCUCAAAUAUUUUAUGGGGGGGGGGCGAAGGAACCUUGUCCCCUAGUAGUUGGCUCCUAUGCAAGUAAGUACCACUUCUUCAACCUUGCCUCUACUGGGAGCUUUGAGCCAAGUUAGGUCAUGACAAUAUAUGCCUGUCUACUUAGGUAAAGAUGGAAACAUUAAAUGUAGCUGUUUUGCAGUGCACUCUAUUCGCAAGAACUAUACACUAUUAAAUAUCUAGGCAUCCUAAUGCCAAAAGAUAUAACACAGUUAGUUACACUUAAUAUAAAUAAAUUAAUAAAAGAGGUUUAUUCAGAUAUUAAUAGAUGGGAGUCAUUGAAUCUUACCCUUUGGGGUGUUGGGAUACUGCCAGGGAGACAAAGUCCAUCAUGGCCCCCAAGCCGGCUGCCGGACGAUCCAUUGACCUCCCGUAGUCACGCAGUAUCAGCAAUUAGUGACAUGAACUUCUGAGAAAUAGCUUGCCACAUUCCAGAGCUCAUGCACACUCUAUCAGCAGACAAUGCACAGCCAAAGUCGCACUCAGGAGAGCAUUAUUUACAAGUUUAUUCAGCGUUGAUCAGAACACAGGAAAACAUGACUGCUCUGCUUUAGUGUCUACGACACAGAGAGAGAAAACGAAAGCAACAGAAAACAUAAACAUCCUGUGAACAGGAAAUACGCAGACUCUGUGACUCACGGCCUGCUCCCUUUUAAGGUGGAACGGAAAUAUCCUAACAUCCUCCCCUUUCCGUGUAACCUGUAGUACCUGUGGUUCAACCCAAUUGCAACUUUUGUACAUAAACCUCAAGUUGUUCUCUGUUAACAACCUUAGACAACAGAUCAGCAGGAAUUUCAUUUCCUGCCAUGUAGGACACCUGAAUGAGUCCUUUCUCAAUACACUCUCUUGCACGAUGUAGCUUAAUCUGCAAGUACUUGGUUCUUUGCUUGCAACUCUCUGAGUUCAGCAAAGCCAAACAGGAUCUAUUGUCUUGAUACACUUGUACAGGACAUUUCACAGAAACUCUGAUGUCCUUAAACAGUUGCAUCAACCAUUCACAAUCCAUGAGUGAAAAUGACAGAGCAUUGAGUUCUGCUUCACAGGAACUUAGGCUCACUGUCGUCUGCUUCUUGCACAGCCAGUCAAACAUACAGUGGUUGUACAUGUAGCAUACUCCAGAAGUGCUUGUACCAUCCGUGGUGUCACUUCCAAAACUUGCAUCUGCAAAGAUUUCAAGACCUCCAGUCUUCUGACUGGUGAACCUCAGCCUGUAGUGCAAAGUCCCUUUCAAAUAGCGGGCUAUGCGCUUCAGAGCUUUCCAAUCCUGAACAGUAGGAUUGUUGGCAUGUCUGCUAAGCAGGUUACAGCUUACAGCUAUGUCAGGUCUUGAGCAUCUAGCAAUGAAAUUCAACUUGCCUAGAAUGCAUCUGUACAGCGUUGUGUCAGAAAACGCUUCAGCAGUACUGUCUACCUGGUAACUUGUCCUCAUCGGUGUGUCUGCUGGGUUUGUUUCAACCAAAUUCAACCUGGUUAAUACAUCAGCAAUUUUCUGUGUUUGGUGUACCAGAAAAUUACCUGCUUGGUCCCUCUCCACCUGCAGAGAAAGAUAGUUGGAUACCUCACCAAGAUCCUUCAUGUCAAAGUGCUCCUUCAGCUGAGCUAGGGUGCUUUGGUAGAAAGCCUGAUUCUUCCAAAACAUCAGAAGAUCAUCAACAAAACAUAAACAAUACAGUUUGUUUUGCCCCUCCUCCUUGACAAACACACAUGGAUCAGCUUUGCCCUGGUGAAAACCUAGAGAAAGCAGCGUCUCAGUGAGUUUCGUGUUCCAACACCUGGCACUCUGCUUGAGACAAUAUAAGGAUUUCCGCAGUUUACAGACCAUUCCCUUCUGUAUCUGCAUCCCGUCAGGUGGAAGCAUAAACAGCUCCUCCCCCAGAAUCCCGUACAAAAAAGCUGUAUUAAUGUCAUGAUGGGAAACAUGCAGUUUCUCCUCUGCAGCUAUCUUGAGCAUCAGCCGAAUGCUCUCAUAUUUGACGGUGGGUGAGUAGGUCUCGUGGUAAUCCUGUCCUGGUACCUGUGAAAACCUCUGGCAACCAAUCUGGCUUUGUGUCUGACAACCUUGCCAUUCUGGUCUGUCUUGGCCUUGAAGACCCAUUUGCUGCCAACCAGUCUCAUUCCUGGGACUACUGGUACCAACUCCCAAGUUUGGUUCCUGUUCAAGGAAUCAACUUCAGCCUUCAUGGCAUUAAGCCAAGGCUCAGCAUCUUUAGAGGUUAACUCCUGAACCUCUUUGAAGCUUGAAGGUUCCCACACCUUCUCUGAGCUACUAAGAACAGCAGUUGCCGUCUUAGCAAACUCAUCAGCAAAUCUCUUUGGAGGUCUGCCCUUUGUCGCCUUUUCAGAUCUGCGUACUAGACGCAAGUCUUCUGGACUCAUCUCCUCCUUCUUAGGAGAAAAGUGACCAAUGGUGAACAGUGGUUCUUCCAGUUCAUUGUCAGAUGCAUCAGAUGGUCUGACUGAGGCUUUUGCGCUCUUGUAGUCUGCUGUGUCAUCACUGUCACUGACACCAGCAGCAGCGCCGCCCACUGAACUGGAAUCCGAACUCUGAUCAUCAUCGUCAUCAUCAUCCUCAGCAGCUUCCUCAGCUUUAGCUGCUUCUUUGACAUCACCUUCAUCCUCCUCUGGGUAACUCUGGAAAAUUCCCACAUUUCCCCACUUAGGAUUGUACUCAACACUCUUUGUGAACUUAAUGGACUUAGGGUCAGUCAUCCAUACCCUGUACGCACCUUUUCGUACUCCCAUGAACAAACCAUGUGCCCCACGCUCCCAAGCUUGUUGCUCUGUGGGGUGUGUACCCACAUGUCAGAACCAAAGAUUCUCAUGUGCUUGAUGUUGGGUUUCUUACCAAACAUCUUCUCAUAGGGGGUACAACCAAUAGGUGAUGACAAUCUGCGAUCAAAAGUGUAAACAAAAUUCGACAGAGCCUCCCCCCAAAACUUAUCAGGGAGAUUGGCAUCAUGCAGCAAUGUUUUCAUCCCUUGCAGCAACGUUUGAUUUGCUCGCUCCGCAAGUCCAUUCAUCCAUGGCGAUCUAGGCAUUGACAAGUCAUGCUGGAUUCCCUUCUCAGUCAGAAAAGCUUCAAACUGCUGAGAAGUGAACUCCCCGCCCCGAUCAGUAAAGAGACAGCCAAUACGUUUACCAUGAACAUUCUCCAACCAAGCACAGAAUGCCUUGAACUUAGGAAACGCUUGCGAUUUCUGCUCGAGCAUAAACACAUGAAUGUACCUGGAAAAAGAAUCAAUUAGAACCAUGAAGUACCUUGCUCCUCCCAAAGAGGGCGCAAGAGGACCAACCAGGUCUGCGUGCACUAGCUGGUAGGGCUUGGAAGCCUGCCUGCUAGACUCCUUGCCUUUGGAGCAACCUUCACCUUGUUCUCUGCACAAGAUACACAUUUCAUGUGAAACUUACAGGGUUUGAUGUUCAAACCCUCAACCAUCUCUGGCAUCUUGGCCAGUGCCUUCCAAGAGAGGUGACAAAACCUCCUGUGUGCAUCAUGAAUGCAUCCUGCAUGAAGAACUUUGUUAGUUUGUGCAACACAACAAGAAUCAACAUUAGACAUAGCAACCGCAUUGUCAUAAUAAGUUAUACAGAACAAUCCAUCUAUAAACUUUGCAUGCAAAAUGUCCUCUUUGCCUUUUCUGAUGACACAGACGCUCCUCUUGAAGGAAAUCUCAAAACCACGCCCAGUCAGCUGUGGGACACUGAGCAAAUUGUCUGCAGCGCCUGGAACAUACAGUACAUCUUUGAUGGUCGUGUGCAGACUUGCCAGUUUCACAGUCCCUUCUCCUGCAAUUCGUAACGUCUUUCCGUCAGCCAGGUGGAUCUCACCUUCUUGAGGUUUGAAGGAGAUAAAGAGAUGGCGGUCCUUUGAGACAUGGCGGGUACACCCCGAAUCAAUAACAAACCUGGCCUUGGCCUUUGGAGCAGUCUUUCUGGCAAGCAUAACCUUGUUUUCCACCGGCGUGGGCUUUUGCAGCUUGCCCCCCUGCUCCUGGCCAUCAGACUUGCCUUUAGCCUUUAGUGAAGCUGUGCCAGCAAACAAAGCCUUGUUUUCCACCGGCGUGGGCUUUUGCAGCUUGCCCCCCUGCUCCUGGCCAUCAGACUUGCCUUUAGCCUUUAGUGAAGCUGUGCCAGCAAACAAAGCCUUGUUUUCCACCGGCGUGGGCUUUUGCAGCUUGCCCCCCUGCUCCUGGCCAUCAGACUUGCCUUUAGCCUUUGGUGAAGCUGUGCCAGCAAACAAAGCCUUGUUUUUCUCUGGCAUGGGCUCUUCACCCUCCCUCUGCUUCUGGCCAUCUGCAGGCGUCUGCCUCUGUUUACCUUUGCCCUUCCGGCCUCUGCAAAGGCGAUGACCUUGGCUCCCAUGAGAAACAGAGCUCUCGGCUGCCGACUCCUUGGCUCCCCUGGAGGCUGGAAUGCUGCCUGGGAUGACGUGACAGUCAGCUCCCCCUGCAGCUUGCAACCGGUGCCCUCGGCAUCCCUGCAUUCACUCGCAUUCUGGGAAACAGCCAGGACCUCCAAUGCAGUCAAACUCUGGGCUGGGAUGACUGGCAAAUGGGCUAUCUUCAAAGCAUUCCACAUCUUACGUGCAGUCACGUUGCCAGCUAACGUUUUAAUUUCCUCCAGAGAGACGGACAAGACUAUUACGUCAAUGGCCCUCGAAUUCUGGGCUCUCCAUCUAUCUGUCAGAGGAACUGGAGGGGCUUCAGACACAGUAUGCCACACUCCAAACUGUCGAAGCAAGCUCUCACACCACACAGCCCAGGUCCCAUAAUUGUGCCGAUUUAACUUUGGGCACUCGGCAGCCUCAGAAGCUUGGAAAAACUCCAUUCCAGCUUUUUAUUUGAGCCGUGAGCCUUUAUGCCUUCAAAAAGUUCUUAUCUCGGCAGCCCAUAAAUCACGAAGCUUGCUUGGCGCAGCUCCCAGACCAAUUAGGCCCUUGCCGCAGCAAACAGAAAAGCCUUAUUUUCCUUCACUUUUCCCACAUACCUCAACGCAGUCUGUCGCAGUCUUACUCUCCUGUAAGUGCCGUGAAUCUGGACCCAUAACCUGUUGUUGAGAUACUGCCAGGGAGACAAAGUCCAUCAUGGCCCCCAAGCCGGCUGCCGGACGAUCCAUUGACCUCCCGUAGUCACGCAGUAUCAGCAAUUAGUGACAUGAACUUCUGAGAAAUAGCUUGCCACAUUCCAGAGCUCAUGCACACUCUAUCAGCAGACAAUGCACAGCCAAAGUUGCACUCAGGAGAGCAUUAUUUACAAGUUUAUUCAGCGUUGAUCAGAACACAGGAAAACAUGACUGCCUGUUUUAGUGUCUACGACACAGAGAGAGAAAACGAAAGCAACAGAAAACAUAAACAUCCUGUGAACAGGAAAUACGCAGACUCUGUGACUCUGUGACACCAAUGGUUUGAAUCUCCAUGAUGGUGGUGAGCUCUUGUUGCUCUGUCCCAGCUGCUGCCAACCUAACAGUCUGAAAGCACAUCAGUGCAAGUAGAUAAAUAGGUACCGUUGCAGUGGGAAGGUACCGUAUUUUUCGCCCUAUAGGACGCACUUUUCCCCCUCCAAAAAUGAAGGGGAAACGUGUGUGCGUCCUAUGGGGCGAAUGCAGGCUCCUUGGCUUCAGCGAUAGCAACGCGAAGCCUCUGAAGCCUGCGCUCCGGAGGCUUUGCGUUGCUUCCGCUGAAGCGAGUCUGCUCUUUGAGGGUGGCGGUGGGGGAAAGUAGUGCUUCCCCCAUCGCCAGCCCAGAGGAUGGGGGGCAGCGGGAAGGCGCACAACGCCUUCCCGCUACUCUCCAACCCGGCUUUGAGGCUGGCGGUGGGGGAAAGCAGUGCUUCCCCCCAUCGCCAGCCCCACAAGCUGGGUCGAAAAGCCCGCAGGAGCAGCACGCUCUUUAAAGGGUGCACGGCUUCUGCAGGCUUUUCUAUGGGGCUUUUCCCCAAGGAGUCAGUCCCUUCUCCCUCCUGUGGGCUUUUGCCGGAGAUGGGGGAAUUCCCCCACCUCCCGCAAAAGCACCCAGAAGCCAUGCACUCUUUAAGGGCUGCGCGGCUUCUGCGGGCUUUUCUUUAAAGAGUGCGCCGCUAUUGGGGGCUUUUCCCCGAGGAGGGACAAGGGACUGACUGGCCGUUUCAGUCCCUUCUCCCUCCUGGUCGAAAGGCUGCAGGAGUCGUGUGCGGCUCCUGUGGGCUUUCGCGGGAGGUGGGGGAAUUCCGCCACCUCCCGCAAAAGCAGGGAGAAGGUCUUGGAGUAGCGCACAGGCUGUGUGCAGCCUGUCCGCUGCUCCCAGAGUUGCCGGGGGGGGGAUCAUAUUUUUUUCCUUGAUUCCCCCCCCCCCUGAAAACUAGGUGCGUCCUAUGGGCCGGUGCGCCUUAUAGGGCGAAAAAUACGGUAAAUGGUGUUUCCAUGUGCUCUGGCACUCAUCAUGGUGUCCCGUUGCGCCAGAAGCAGUUUAGUCAUGUUGGUCACAUGACCCAGAAAGUUGUCUGUGAACAAACACCAGCUUCCUUGGCCUGAAAAGCGAGGUGAGCACUGCACCCCAUAGUUACAUUUGACUGAACUUAACCAUCCAGGGGUCCUUUUUACUUUUAGUGGAAAGCACUAAUGCUUGUAUAGUGUGGGGCACAUGACUCUAAUCUACACCAGCCCUCUGUGCCCCUUUUCCCUGAUCCCUGCCCCCUGCCCUACUACCCAAAUAUUGGGUGCCUUCCGUGCCUUAUACAUGUUACAGUGGUACCUCGGGUUAAGAACUUAAUUCGUUCCAGAGGUCCGUUCUUAACCUUAACGGUUCUUAACCUGAGGCGUGCUUUUGCUAAUGGGGCCUCCUGCUGCCGCUGCGCUGCCGGCAUGUGAUUUCCGUUCUUAUCCUGGGGCAAAGUUCUUAACCUGGAGCAACCACUUCCUGGUUAGCGGAGUUUGUAACCCAAAGCAUCUGUAACCCAAAGUGUCUGUAACCUAAGGUACCACUGUAUAAAGUCACCCUUGGAUUGAAGCCCUAGACCAGGGGUCAGCAAACUUUUUCAGCAGCGGGCCGGUCUACUGUCCCUCAGACCAUGUGGGGGGCUGGACUAUAUUUUGUAAAAAUAAAAUAAAUGAAUGAAUUCCUAUGCCCCACAAAUAACCCAGAGAUGCAUUUUAAAUAAAAGGACAAAUUCUACUCAUGUAAAAACACGCUGAUUCCCGGACCGACCGUGGGCCGGAUUUAGAAGCCGAUUGGGCCAGAUCCAGCCCCCGGGCCUUAGUCUGCCUGCAAUGCCCUAGACUUUAACUGAAAAGUAAGUAAUAUAAGAUUCCGUAUUUAUCGCCCUAUAGGAAGCACUUUUUCCCCUCCAAAAAUGAAGGGGAAAUCUGUGUGCAUCCUAUGGGGCGAAUGCAGGCUUUCCUGAAGCCUGGAGAGCGAGAGGGGUCGGUGCGCACGGACCCCUCUCGCUCUCCAGGCUUCAGGAAGCUAUCAGCAAGUCUGGGGAGCCCCUGGGAGUUCCCGCAGGGCUCCCUAGGCUGCGGAUAGCAGCCUGCUGCACGGAGCGCGGGGCGCGCUGAAGCAGAGCGCCCCGCGCUUCGGGCAGACAUCCACAGCCUCGGGAGUCCUGCAGGAGGUCCCGCAAGGCUCCCUAGGCUGUGGAUAGCAGCCUGCUGCACGGCGUGCGGGGCGCGCUGAAGCAGAGCGCCCCACACUUUGGGCAGACAUUGGGCAGCCCCACAAGCUCGGGGGACAGCAGGGAGGCGGAGCGCUGCCAUCCCGCUGUUCCCCGACCUGGUUUGGAUUCCCCGACCUGGUUUUGGGGGGGAAAUAAAGGAAAAAAUUUUCCCCUUUAUUUCCCCCCCCCCAAAAAAAAACUAGGUGCGUUCUAUGGGCCAGUGCGUCCUACGGGGCCAAAAAUACGGUAUAUUUUAGUAUUUAAAUGCUUUUCCUUUCUGUAAAGUCAAAACUGGGGUUUUUGAGACUUUUAACCUUCUUGUAUUACUCAUUGAUCACUCCCUUUUUGCGCAUUCCCCAGGAAAUGGUGUGGUAAUUCACUUGCCAGGAUUGUUUGAAGAAGCAGAGAAAAAUGUUAAAAAAGGAAAAGGUAAGAGCAGCUUUCUAAGGUAUCGUAGGGAGAUGGUGAGGAUUCUCUUGCAUUGGUAUAUAGCAGAACAUGGUAAUUGCCAAUGUGUUUUUGCUCUUGAGUUGCCUGAUGGUAUCCACUUGGUGCAUUGAGGGGGAAAGUAACCAAUUCUCAAAGAUUUAUUUCUUUUGUUCAGAAUUCCCCCUCCCAUUUAAUUCUAUUUAACACCUUAAAGUAAGUGGUAUAUGACAUACAACACUUUAAAAUACAAAUACACGCUGUAUAUAAUUUUAAAAUUUUCAGUGGCCAAGAAUGUUGGAUUAGUGUUCAGAUUAUCUAAAUGCACCACUUUUUUUUAAAGCCACAUGAUGAAAUAGACUUUAAAUGGAAGAAGUAGUAUUAAAUAAAUAUCUAGUGUUUUUAUUGCGAGUUAGAGUGUUCAUAAGCCUGUGUUUUAUAUAGAUCCAUUUUCAAGAUAUUGUAUGUUUGAGACAAAUAGCAAUGACUGAAAUUUGUUUGGUUUUUCCAAGAUACAUUGAGUUAGUUUUGUGAUAUUUUCUAAACUGUCUCUUCAUUCAACUGAUCACAUUAGGCUGUAAUCCUUUGCACACUUACUUGGGAGUAAGUACCACCAAAGACAGUGGAGUUUUCUUCUCUUUAAAAAUGCAUAGAAUUUUGUGGUUGGCCAUUAAAAGUAACUGAUUUCUAAAUGUGUUUUCACCCCCAUAAUAUUUCUUUUGUUGCUUUUCAAAGGAUUGGAAGGUUGGGAAAAAAGAUUAAUUAUAUCUGACAGAGCUCAUAUUGGUAAGUAAAAAAUAUUGAAAUAUAUUAAAUGAUUCAAAGUAUUUUUUAAUCUCUAGCUCUGAUUUGUUUUUCAUUUGUAAAUAUCUAGCAGUAAUAUAGGUUAGAAUACAAGGGCUGUGUGGGAAUGUUCCAUGCACAUAGUGGGGCCUUUUGUUGUGCCCACUUCAAAUGUAGACUCCCCCCUACAUUAUUCAACAACAGCUAUUGAGAGAACAGCCUCCCAACACAGCAGGCAGGGUUCUAAAGCUAGCUUUCUGGUAUCAAAUACUGCAUUGGCUAUCAAAGUGGAAAUCAAACUCUUAAACAAGAGGUGUUUUCUAUCUAAACUGGUAAUUGUUUUAUAGUAAAUGUGUUCUUCCACAAAUGAAUGUUUAUGUCAAGAAUUCGUCAAGAUGAAUGGUUGGAGGAUCAUCUUAUUUAUUGCCUUAUGUAUAAAUAAAUGUGCAGUUCGAAAGCACACCAAAGUACAAGUAGAUAAAUAGGCACCACUCCUGCGGGAAGGUAAAUGGCGUUUCCGUGUGCUGCUCUGGUUCGCCAGAAGCGGCUUAGUCAUGCUGGCCACAUGACCCGGAAGCUGUACUCCGGCUCCCUCGGCCAAUAAAGUGAGGUGAGCUAUACUGCAUACUAAUGCAAUUUAUACCAGGGGUGACCAAAUGGCAACAUGAGCAACAUCUAGCCCAAAGCGUAUCUUUAUCCGUCUACCUUUUUGGUGUCCCAUCAAACAAGAAAUGCAAGGGAGGAAAUAUCUUGGCUUUCUCUUCUGCACAUAAAAUGAUUUCUACUGCAAGCAUCAAAGGUAUAGCAAACUCAUAACAGAUGAAGAUGGUGGACAUUUCCCCAAUCUAUCCAGUUAAGCUGAUCAGGAGACAAGAAAACAUUGUGUUACCCUUGGAUUGUCCCCUCCUUUGCGGCAAAGCACCAAUGAAUAACAUGGUUCUUAAGUAGUUUCUCAGGAACAAUUCCCCCCUCCCUGCCUUAAAACACUAGCAACUGCUGUUGUAUCACAGGGAUUAACCAAUUUAAACAAAGAUUGUUAAGCAGUGUAAUCAAAGUUACCUAAUAUUGAUAAGAAGCAGGGUAUGUUAAAACCAGCCUUUUCACUUUAAUGUUUGAAAUGUGUUUCCACUUCAGAUAAUUGUGUGUUUAUGGCCCCUUUCAACACAUGCGACCAUUGACAAACCAAGUCCACCCUUUUGGUGUAUUUCUUUGCUGCCUUUGUCAGUCUUAGAAUAUCGUUGCUCAUUAGUGUAAACCCCCCCCCCCGCAUUAUUGGGAUAACAAGAUGCAUUCUAUGUAUUCUAUUCAGCCUCUAUAACUUCUGCAAUAUAAGAGAAUUUUAAGAUGCCUCAAAUGUCAGUAGCCCUGGAGAAAUGCAAAUGUUUUUGAACAGAAAAGGUUUGACUGACAUCUCUUGAGUUGUAGCAUACGGUAGUGCUUUGUUUGCAUACUUUGUUUGCCUUGAUUUUUGUCUUCACAAAUUGAAGUGCUUUUUCUAAAAUAUUAUUUUACUAAACAGCUGUAUUUUCUCCAGGUGCUUGUUACUUAAAGUUUAUAUAUCUAGUGCAAAUGAUGAUUUCCAAAAUACUUUGGCAUACAUUAAUGAGAAAUAAUAGCUUACUUUAGUUUGGUACUUAAUGCAGGUAUUAAUACAACAGAGUUCAUUUUGUACCCUUCAAAUUCCUAGUAUUUGACUUCCAUCAAGCUGCUGAUGGCAUCCAGGAGCAACAAAGACAAGAGCAAGCAGGAAAGAAGUAUGUUAUGUGUUGUCAAAUGUCUUAAUUGUAAAUACUGGAAGAAAUUUUCAGUGACAGGGAGGGCAUUUCAGCCAGUGCACUUCCAGAAUCUAUUCAAUAGAGUGUGCUGUUAAGGGUGCUUUGCAAUAAGAUUCUUUCUUAAUGUUUUUGCAAGGAAAUCUGGGACACCUCUACAUUCCCACUUAUUUGUAUGUACUUUAAGACAUGUGAUUCAAGGAUUCAAAAUUAGUUUGUUUUCAACCCGAAGGGCGCAACAAAAUUCUCUUCAACUUUAGAAUACACUUAAGACAUAAGUUUUUGCACAACAGUUUUGUUCUUAAAUUGUAAGCCUCAAUACCUUUGCAGUUCACUAUAUUUUUUGCAGAGCAUAUAUUAAAUUCCAAGUAGCAUACCUGUAAAACUGUUGCUCUUUCUCACUGAUGUGAAUCUUGUUCUUCAGCAGGAAUGGGAAAUGUAUCUGAAUCUCUGGGAUCAUGUUACAGCAUAAUGAGUACAGAACAUUUUGGGUGUCUUCCAGAGAUUCAAGGCUCUUAAGCUCUGUUACCUAAUGUGCGUAAUGGUGAUGUCAUGUGAUAAGGUUAUGAUGAAUGAAUUAAGGUCAGAACUAGGAAAUACUAGUGUGUGUGCUUUCUAUUUUUCCACCCCACACUGAUCCAUUGAAAUGAUAGUGGUAUGAUAUUGAAUGAUUGGGAAACCUUCACAUCCUCUGUGAAAAUUGAAAAGUCAUAUCUGGGUUUUAGCACAUUUAAUUCCUUUGUACAUUCAGAAUUAGAUUGGUCAUGGGCAAAAGAGGAAAUAUUCUUGGUCAGGACCCUGUCAUCCUGUCCUGGGGUGGGACUUGUUUAUUUGCAUGUUAUUUCGUUGGAUUACGUAUCCUUCCUCAAUCAUGGUGACGGUGCUAAAUCUGUAGAUCUAAGAGUACCCCUCCCUUCUUGAUAUAUUCCUAGGCACUAGUACAACAUAAAGAUGUUGAUUUCAUUUCCAUCCAUGCAGUUAGUAUUUUUUAAAUUGCACAGCUGAUUGUUUUUAAAAAGGCAAGAAUCAAACUUGACAUAUUUCCUUUUGCAAAUAUGGAUGGAAUGGGGAAGUAUUGAACUAUUGAUCAUGUCUUCUUAAAAUAAAUCAAAAUAAUACAAACCUGACUCAAGAGUUCUGUGGUUGUCGUUGAUACUUAGGAAUAGUAUAGCGAAUGGACUCUCGAAGUCUAGGUUGUUGCUCUGCUUUGACAGGGAAUGGACCUGCUGCAUUAAUGAUAGUGGCUCUUUUAAGGAAAUUUUUCUCCUUUUGUGAAAAAGUUGGUUGUGCUGUUAACAUUUUCCAUUUUCCAGAACUUGGCCUGUCUGUAUUGUAAAUUUGCAUAUCUGAAGUUUUGCUAGUAUCACAGAAUGUGAUAUAGACAAAACAAAAUCUGACUGGGUCAUAGUAUGAGACUCAUAACAGGCUGUGUUUACAUUCUUCUCCACUCCCCUUUACAUCUGUGAUUUGUUUACUCUUAACAUUGCAAAUCUCAACCUGUCCUACUUCUUGAUUGAUGCCAUUGGCCUGUUUUGCAAACAAUGCCUAACCAUUGUUGAUUAAACCUUAACUAAGUGUUGUGUGAACCUCCCCAGUAGCUUAGCUAUGGUUUGUUCACUGCCAUCAAAUCACGAUCUGUAAUCAUGGUUUAUUGAUGGCUUAUGAACCUUGAUUUAAAUUAUGGCUUGCUGUUACAUAUGAACCCAGAACCCUUCUGAACAAUGGUGUAUUUGCUCAUCCCACCCCAGAUUUUCAUCAGACUACUAAAGGCUUGAGGCAAAAGCAGCUGGAAAACAAAACAAAAAUUUGGGAAACAUUCCAUGGUUUGUUUGAUCAUCUGUGGGACAACUUGUAAUUUGUUAAACCAAUUGUUGGAGUUGUCUUAAGACCUCUUGCUAUGACAGAAGGACUAAUUAGCCUUGGGUCAGGCAACACAGUUCUAAGACAGACUUUACAGUUAGGCAUCCAAGAUCCUUGAUUCAUAAUUUGACCAGGAAUAGGUUUCCUCAAUUCUAUCGGGUUUUUAAUGGAAGAUUGGCACAGAGCAGUUUUAUAGCCUUUGGGUGGAGAUAGGCAAAUGGUUUAUCAUGUGCAGUAGCCAUGCUGAGAAGAAAAGUAUAGUGCAGGUCAUAUAACAGGAAUUAAUGAGCUCCUUACUACAUAUAACCGUGGUCUAAAAGCAUAAACUAUUCUGACCACAUUGAAUGAUAGUGUUGUUUUUGUUUAGUCUCAGUUCUCAGCUGUGUUCCACCAGGUUUGAGAUAUACCCUGUAUGUUGCUUUACUUUUAAGUAAGCUCUUCACUCUUAGCAUGCUAAGAUUCACACCACUACAGUCUCUGUUAAGAAAAUUCAUUGAGAUUUGCACAGAAGAAAUGCAUAUGAAAUACAUAUAAACAAUGUGAUAAUAUGUUUGUUCAUCCUUUAAGGUAAAUACUAAAUAAUGUUUAGACUGUAGCUUUUUAAGUAUUUUGUAUAUCAGUAUUACAAGUAACACUUCAGAGGGUGUUUUGCACCACCUGCCAGGAUUCUGUUUCUUCUUAAUCUUCCCUCUUCUCCUGGGUGCCCACUGGGGGAAAUGUUUGACCUCAGUGAAUGAUAAUUUUAAACUACCAAGUAUGUGCAACAUACCUCCAGACUAAUUUUAUUUUUAGAAACUUAACAACAGCCUAGUUGAAUUGAUAGUCACAGAUUGUGUAGUAUGUGUAUGUUUUUUAUUUUUGUGUUUUAAAGCUUGGGAACUACAAAAAAGGGAAUUGGUCCAGUGUAUUCUUCUAAAGCAGCUCGAAGUGGGCUCAGAAUGUGUGAUCUAGUUUCUGACUUCAAUGAAUUUUCAGAAAGGUAACCACUUCUCUAGAGUAAUGUAAAUAUUUCAAAUAAUUUUAUUAUUAGGGCUUGUAUAUUCUGAUUUUCAUAUUCUAAAAAAUCCCUUACUGGAGCUCUCAUUUGUGAGUCUAUUUUUGUUUUCACAUGUGUUAAAAGUUAAAAUCUUUAUCAAGGUUUUUUUUAAAAAAAUGUUGCAAGCAUAAUUUAUUUGUACUUAUUUUACUUUUUAGAUUCAAAGUGUUGGCCAACCAGUACAAGUCUGUUUACCCUACCUUAGAGAUAGACAUUGAAGGAGAAUUGAAAAGACUGAAGGUAAACUAUAGAGGAGUUGUGGAAUUAUUUGCCAUAAUUGAGAUAUAUAUACACACACACACACACACACACAGAUGGAUUUAUCUUUGUAUGUUUCUUCUGAUAAAAAGAUAAAGAAACACUGCUUCUGACACAGAAGCAGCAGUCAGUUAACUUAUCGCUUUAACUAGCAAAUUGCCUGCAUUAGGGUUAUCAUAAGUCAGAAACAAAUGGCCCCGUAGCUUUAUCACAGUAGUCAGUUAUUUACUGAAUUAAACCUGUUUGCUGAAUCUUACAUUUCAUGUAGAAAAGGAAUUCUGUGGUCUUUUUAUCUUUUAGAAGCUCAUAUUCCACAUUGAUGUGACAAUUCUCCUGAGAGCUAGUGUAUAGCUUGGUAAAGGUUUGUGCCCUACAUCAGAAAAUCAUUGGUUAAAGCCUUUUUUGCAUAAAGUCAUUCUUGGUAUUGGGAAAAUAUAUGGAUCAAAACACAUUUUCUCUCUCUUAUAGUAUUGGAACUCAGGGUCACCCAGUGAACCUUGACAUGACCCCAACCCUGAACAUCACAGUAACCUAUGCCUGUUCAGCAGUACAGACAAUUCAUAAGGCAGAAGCUGAUUGAGAUGUAAUGGAGUGCUAAACUUCAUGCCAGAGGACUAGACCUGUAAAGCUUUCUGCUCUUCAAAAAGUAGGCAGAACUUAGGAGGGAUAGUCUGGCCCAAGGGAAAUGGAUAAAAGGCAUACUUUAAUCAUAUUCAAUUGUUAGUUUCCCUGACACAGGUAGAAUCACAUGAGCAAAAACAGGGCAGGUGUGCUACCUGUUACCUUUGUUGCCCCAUCAUGCCUGCCCUUGCUAUUCUCCAGUCAUUGCAGUAGGGAGGCUGCCAUACUUAUGCAGCCUCCCUGUGAGAUUUAGAAUUCUGCUUAUGCAGGGCUCUCAGUUUCACAAGGGGCCUACUAGGUUCAGCAGGUGCCCCACUGCAGAUGUCUGCACUCCAGCGUGUGGAGGGUAAUAAUAGUGACCAACACAGUGAACUGACUAGCACAUUCAUUUCUACUCUUGCUCUUACUGCAUGAGAGGUACACUGUCUGAAGUGGAUUUGUAACAGCGUUGCUUGGAACUAUCCAAGGUCAUGCAACUUCUGCCUUUAUCGGGUGUCUUCCUCAGGAGCAUCCACCUUGCUCUACUGACUCUCAUUCACAGACAACAUGAAAAGGUAGUUCUUCACGCAGUGUGUAGCUCAGUUGAGGAUUUUGCUGUCGCAAGAUGUGGCAGUGACAGUGGUAGACAAAUUUUUGUGGAGCAUAGGUCUACCAAUGCUAUUAGCUGUGGUAGCUAAAUGGACGCUCAAAAUUCACAAAUAGCGUAUCCCUAAAUAGUGCUUGCAGGGGGGACAAAGAGGGGAAGACUUUUUCUUCCUGCUCUCUUUGUAAGCUUUCUGCAGAUAUUUGGCAAGUGUUAGAAACAACAUAGUGGAUUAGUUGUUAGACUCUUGGUCUGAUUCAGCAGGACUCUUAAUAAUUUUAACUUGAGAAAGAACUAAUGAAUGACAUAUAUAUGCUUUGUUCUUAUGCACAUUCUCCUUGACACAAAGAAUAGCUUAUAGUUGACAUGGCUAACAAAUAGCAAAUGACACUUUUAUUGUUUUACAAGACAGAAUAAUUAUUUGCCUGCCUAUUUAGUACAGUGUCUACUGUGUGUUUUGAAGAUUGUAGUUUACUACAUUCUAAUCUCUAGGAAAUAUUUGUUUGUCUUAGGGUUACACUGAAAGGCUCAAACCAAUGGUGAGAGAUGGUGUAUACUUUAUGUAUGAAGCUUUACAUGGCCCACCAAAGAAAAUUUUAGUAGAGGGUGCAAAUGCAGCACUACUGGACAUUGAUUUUGGUAUGUAUAAAGUCUUUUUUUUAUCAUAGUCACAAUGUGUGAGGUACUUGUCACUUGUCACAUGUGUAUUUGAAGGACUGUGCAGAAUACAGCUGUUUAAGACUAGUUGCAUUAUAGUCAUUCUUGUACAUUGAAUGUUCAUUGUACAUCUUGGCAUUGAAACUAUACCACUAUUUUUAAGGAUGUGUUGUCAUUUUAAAUAACAACCAGUGUUACUUGCUAUUCACUUACCUUUCAGUAGAAAGAUGCAAUGAUAAUAUUUUAUAUAAUUGUGCUGCUCUUAGUUCAUUCCUAUCUUCUCUUCCUUGCCCUUCUGAAACAGGAACUUAUCCUUUCGUGACCUCAUCAAAUUGUACCGUGGGAGGUGUUUGCACUGGCUUGGGUAUGCCACCACAGAACGUUGGUGAAGUAUAUGGAGUUGUGAAAGCAUACACAACUAGAGUUGGAAUUGGUGCCUUUCCCACAGAACAAGACAAUGUAAGUAUAGCAUUAACAUUAAUGUGAGUUAUUGGAACAAAGUAAAUGAAUGUACACUUCUCAGAAAUAUUAUUUAACACAGUGGUCUUCCAACCCUUUCACACCUGGGACCCACCUUUAAUCCAAUAUGCAUUUGGGGACCCAUAUCCCUUUUUUUUUUACCAUAUAUUUGUAUGGUGGUAGUGCUUUUGUUACUACCCACCUCAGAACAGGUUGUGACCCUGUAGUAGCUUCUGACCCAUCAGUUGAAGACCAGUGAUUUAAGGUAUGCAUGGCUGUACUCUCCCAGGCAUCAGAUUCUGUAUACCACAUACUUUAAAGUGCUGCUGCUUUCUGUCUGAAAUGUAAGUUUCUCAGUCCACAGAUCUGCUGCCUGGGUGUUUAUAUGUGCUUUUAAAAAGUUUUUAACUACUGCUUAUUCCUCAGUCCUGCAGAGCCUAUAUUUCUGUCGGAGAGCAAGCUGAAUUCUGUUCUUGCUCAUGAAUCAGCAGCAGAAUUGUUAACUAAGUUCCAGUUGCAGAAUCUUUAUUACUAGUGACGAUGCACGUGAACCAGUUUGCCUUUUUGAUUCCAAGCUGAAUUAACAGGACUAGCAAUUUAAGAUUGCCAAGGAUUUCAGAGCUUCACAAACAAUAACUGAGCUACAACACUCCUGUGAGGUAGCAGGUAGGCAUUAUACAAUGGAAUCAACAUGGAGUGUUGAGAAAAUGGCCUGCUCAAUGGUAUUUUCACAUUGAUACCUGGCAUUAAAGGUGGCUCCUGUACUUGUAUCUUCAUCCUUGUUAAAAGUUUUGUGCACUAUGUGGGGUUGGAAAUGUAAAGUAUAUUUUGUUUUCUGUUGUCAGUAAAUUGUGUUUACAUAGAAAUGAACAAUAUUACUCCAGUGUAUAACAUGACUAUAUUCUGUUUCAUAGAAAAUUGGAGAAUUACUGCAGACACGUGGGAAAGAGGUUGGUGUGACCACAGGUCGGAAAAGAAGAUGUGGCUGGCUGGAUCUUGUGUUGCUUAGAUACGCUCACAUGAUCAAUGGAUUUACUGCGUGAGUAGCUUGUAGUGGUAGCAAGUGCACUGUAAUAGAGUAUAAUACUUUGUAGGAACAAUACAAAGUAAUGGGAAUGAAAUUAAUAGCCUUCAAGUAAAGAACAAUGUUUUGAAGACCCACUGUGGAAGACAAAAUGGUUUUUAAAGUCACAGUACUGAUAUAAGACUUGCCAGCAGCCAUGAUAAUAACUAUGAUACCCCUUCUGGAAAAAAGCUAUCUGAUGUUAAAUGUUCACAGUCUCUCUCUCUCUCUGGCUUUUAUUUUGGAAUUCCAGGGUUUCCCCAGGUUACUUUUUUUUAGUCUAGAAUUUUAAGGCAAGAUGUAAAGGUAGGCUGUCACAUAUAUAUGGGUAAGCGUGGCUUCAAAGACUAAGCAACCAUGUCAGCCCUAGUGAUUUAUAUCUUUCUUUUAAAAUAAACAAAUUUACUUCCUAAGAUUAUAGUUUAUAUUUGUCUAUACCUAACUAACACAUCAAUAUUUUAUUUUAAAACAGAUUGGCUCUUACCAAAUUGGAUAUUUUGGAUGUAUUUCCAGAAAUUAAAGUUGGUGUUGCUUACAGAAUAAAUGAUAAAAUCAUACCUCAUUUUCCAGGUGAGUGCUUAUGAUCACGUGUGUGUCCAUACUAUAACUUUUCCAGUGGUAUAUUUAAUGCUAGAUGUAUCCCCUCACUAUAGUGUAGGUUCACUACUGUUGUUUUUUAUUGUUGCUUCUGUUAUAAUUUAUUCAUCAGCUGAUAUAAAAGCCACAAGGCAAAUUGCAGUAUGUAAUUUGCUGGAUAAAGCAGGAUUAAAAUUUUGUGUGAGGAGCUCAGCCCUGCUGAACUUCAUGGGAGUUUUCCUUCCCAUGGACCAACUUUGACAGGUUCACCAACCUGUCAUGUGUGGUGGUGGAGAUUAAGAUCUGGCCUCUGGACCCAAAAGGUUCGUCAUCUCUGCUUUAUAGGGAAUCUGUCAUUUCCCUCACAGUAGUUAACUUCCUUUUCCUAUAUUUCACCUAUGCAAAGGAUUUUGGGAUGGCUGUUAAGUUGGUUACUGAGCUGUUUUGCACAGCCAUACUUUUGUUUCUUCAUCUUUUAUUCCUUUGGGUGACUUGAGGUUGUAAAAUUUGCUUAUCUGAAUGAUUAAACAAGUCUGAUAUUAUUGCAAAAGUAAAAUUAUCUGUUACACUGCCUUUUUUUUUUUAAUAAAGCAAACCAAGAAGUCUUAAAUAAAGUAGAGGUUCAGUAUGAGACCCUCCCAGGAUGGAACACAGACAUAUCAAAUGCAAGGACUUUUGAUGAACUGCCUGUAAAUGCACAAAACUAUGUUCGAUUUAUAGAAAUGGAACUAGGAAUUCCUGGUAAGCAAAGCAGUUUUUAAAAAAUGUUUUCAGGGAUCUAUUAGAAGCAGAAGUACUUCUAAGGAAAUGCUUUGUCAUUGAGAGUAUUACUCAUCACUAUGUUUGUAACUGCCGGUUUGUAGACUUGGGUCUGUAACACGAAACAUCAUAAUUGGUAAAGUUACUCGGAUGGUCUGUAUACUUCUUCACAGUAAUUCAUAAUUUGUGUAGGUAGCUAUUUCUAGAACUAGUCAUUCCUGAGAGUCACACUCAGUGAAAGAGAUAAAUCAAGGAAUCUGAACUCUUGACUUUCAAGCUAGUGACUAGUAUGGAUAACAUUUCUGUUUCAUUAUAAACCUGUUCACUUGUUUCCAGAUCACUUCAUGGUGCUGAAAAUGAAAUUGUUUUAACUUGAGACAGUACUUUAAAUAGAUUUGGAAGAGCCUUUCAAAUCACCUUGAGUAACUAGAGAAUAAAAUUCUGUAAUUGCUGUUGUUCUCUAAUCAAAGUAGUAUUUUCUAGUUGUAUGUGUUAGAUUACGCUCCUAGCUUUGCUAAGUUUUUACUCGUGAUAUUUCUGAUAUUUUGUAUUCUGCAUUCUGGUUAGAUGUCAUUGUUAAAACUGAAAAAAUACAAAUAAUAUUAAAAAGGGAAUCUUUUAGUGAAAUAUACCGAGAUUUUGUGCAUUAUAUCUUGGGGGGGGGGGGGAAUGCCAAUUACUGAUUUGAGUGAAAUCAGUAACCAAUUCUGUAAUGCUUUUCAAAAUUGCUUGAAAAGCUUUGGCCUUAGGGGAACAGAACUACUGACAUCAGGUAAAUAACAUUAAAGAGCAGGAUAUCACACAGUUAGCUUUAAGUAGUUGCAUGACUUGAAAAACAAUUAUUUUGGUAAGUCUUUGAAAGUAUCCUGUAGAAUACAGUUCUGUAUGCACUUACCUUGGGAGUAAGACAGGUGUAGGAUUUGCACUAGUAUCCUAAGUCAUCUGUUCCUUCAAAGUGUCAUGCAAAAUAUAUUUUUCUUUCUGCAGUUAAAUGGAUUGGAGUAGGAAAAUCCAGGGAGUCGAUGAUUCAGCUCUUCUAAAGAUACUAGAUAAAUGGAAGAAAAGAAAGCACACUCCACAAAGAGACUGUCAAUUCUUAUAUCUAUUAUUCUUAACCUAAGCAGCAAUGAUUUUUGGAAGUUGGACAUUGUAUUUAAGAGCUGAAGAUGGUCUGGACAAAUAAUUGUUACUGCUGUAAAAGACUUUAGCAACUAUCAGUAUCACUUCACAAAUUCCAGGGCAUUUGUCACUAUUGCCACCAUUUGUCAAGGUGCCACCAAAUUUUUUUCUCCUUCAGAUGUUUGUCCCAACACUACCUUUCUAAAUCAAAGGUUGUACAUUACUUUCAUGACCAUAUAUCUUUAUUGUCUCUGCUUUUGGUGGUGUUACUUCCUGAAAUUUUAGAUGCUUAAAAUAAUUAAUGCAGUUUUGCACAGAGUUUUACAUCCUCAUUUGUACUCCUAAAGCUGUUGUUACCUGUAUGGCCGCUGUAGUAGUGUGUGAUUAAAGAGAGGGAUGAUUUUAUAAUGAUGAAGAAAACUCUUUUUUGUUACAGGUUUUUAUUAAAACUAUUAUGAAAUGAUAGUUUGGAAGGGAUGUUUAAUAUGUAAACAGUGCAACAACUUAAAUUAUAAAGUAAGAUACAGAAAACCUAUUGUAGGUCUAUUAUACUCACUACUGAAAGGAGUUCAUUAAUACAUUUUUAGCUGUUAUGAUACUUCUGCGUUUCAGCUUUUCUUCCUUCUGCCCAGUGAUCCAUCAGUUCAUUAGCCUAGUGUCAAAUCCAUCAAAUUUCAAAUAUUUAGAGGAUUAUCGGAAACUGGAUGCAUAGUUUGGUCCUUGAAUGUAGACACAGGAGCUACUGGCAGUCCUGUUAGGGAUACAUUGGGCUACCUAGGUAAAUACUGAAGCCAAUACUUUGCUGUAAAUAGAUUUUUUUUAAAUCAUCUUGGCAAAUACCCUAAGAUAACAGGAUGUACAAAUCAUGUUUGUUGCUUUGUGUUUUGUGGCUUUUGUUUUGUUUUUGCAGAAGCCUUUUCUUUUGAUUCCAUUGCAUGCCUGCUAUGUCAGUCAUUUUAUCCCACAGUUAUCGGUGUUAUAGAUGUGUAAGUAUUUUCAAUCCCUAUUAUAUGCCGUAACAUUCUCAACAUCAUUCCUCAGCUUUAUAAGGUGAACAAUGGCGGCUUUCUAACUUUUAUGCUGAAAUUCUUCCAUAGCUUUCUUCCUUUCAUUGAUAUUUUAAGAGUUACUGUAAGAGAGGUAAGCCGAAACAGUACACAGAACUAAAUUUUUAGGGACUCCCCCCAUCUGAUUUGUGGGGGCAGAUUUAGAAAUCCAGAUAGCAAUGCGGAAAUUACAAAUCUCUGGAAAUCCCAUUGGCUUGAACUGUGAAACCAAACUGGCUGUAACUUUGUUUUCUCACAGUCUUAUCUGUUUUUCUGAGACUGUUUCGAGCAACAGUUCAGCAACAGAUCAGUACAAAUCUGUUUGGGACAACCCAGCUCUCUCUGUAGGGAUUUGUAGCUGCUUCAGCCUGAUCUGGAUAGGGCACAAAUCAGCCUGAAUUGGUCCAAUCCAAUUCAGAAUUCAGCCAGAUCUGGUGUAUAACUCUACUAAAUAUGUGAGCUGCAUUUACGUUUUUAUUAACUGGCAUUUUGUAUGAGAUAACAGUUGUUAGUUGGUGUUGGCAUACUAGCACUAAUUACAACGCCCGCCCCCGCCUUUAAAGGAAUUUUAUUUUGAAAUCAUACAGACAACAAAAAUGCAAUGCAACCAGAUCACUAAAGGGAAAGGAAACUGAUUACAGGCUUUAGUGUAGCUUCACUAAGCUUGUGGGACAGUAAAAGUCAAAUAGCCUAAGGAGAAUCUCAUUAACUAUUGAAUGAGUUUGAAUCAUAAUCAGGACAAACAUGAUUGGAAGCUUGGGCUUCCAUAUAGCAGGUAAACAAACCAUGGUGCCAUAAUAGCUUUUAAAAAACUGAAUAUUUUUAAUGCACUUGCUCAGUAUGUUUGUACAUAAGCAUGGUCUUUCACAUUCACUGUUGUUGUGAGGUGCAUUGUGUUAUACACCACUUUGCAGGUGUGUACAAUUGGUUAAGAAGAUCUUUAUGCAGAAAUCCAGGGGUAGGUAAUCCAAAAUAAGCAUUUUCUGUUAAGAAAAGAGAGUGGGAUGGAUCCAGAGCUGCGUAAGUAGCAGUCCACUCACACAACAGGACUUCUUGUCUUCCCUCCUCGCUUCAGCUCCUUGGACCCCCAAUCCUCUUUUCCAAAUUGCUUCUCCAGAGAUAGUAAGUGUUCACUUUCCCUUUAAUCUUUUUGACUCCAACCACAUCUAUCAAGAUGCUUUUCCACCAGAAUAAAACAACAUUAGUCUUUCUCUCUUUUUGAUGUGUGGUUUGACUUCCUUUUAUCAGAACAGUAUGCUGCUGUUUUCUGUUUUGUUUUGUUUUCUUGCAGACAGCUAUUUUUUGUUAAUGCCAAGAUUAUUUUUGGAGUACGGAAACUUUUUAGAAGAACCCGUCAUUGAAGCCAGGAAUAGCAUUAUUGUGUUUAGAUUCUGGAGAAGGCUUUGGUUAUGGAUACUUUUAAAAUUCUCCCUAUCCAAAUAUUUCUCUCAAAUUUUGGGCUCUAUCUUUAAAACUGGCCUUCUUACUGGAUUAGCAGUGAUAUGUUCUGAAUUUUCAAAAUUUACAGGGCAUUGAUUCUUCUGGCAAAAGUGAGGGAUGAGAAGUGAAUUUCACUGAUUUUUGCUUUCCCCUGCAGCUCCUUUGAAAGUCUGCUCUGAAGUGUUUGGGAGGGGGUGCUCCAGAAGAGGGGAAGCAAGGAAUCUGCAAAAACAGUCUCCUUCCACCAAUGGGAGGCCUCCUAUUUACAGAAAACUAAUUUAGGAUCCAGCCCAUAGAAUACACAUUCCCCCUCCCCUCUUGCCUGCUUUCUUUUGUCUCUGCCUUUUAACAUUUUAUUCACAAUUACCUGUUCUGGUAGCAGGGAUAACACAUAAUAAAUCUGCUCAAUUUGCCAUUUCCAGUUUGCUAGGUAUGCUUUUCUAUCUACCUAUGCACUGGUGCAUAGUUCUGUGUUAACUAAAAAAUAAAGUGAUUCUUUCCACACACCCCUUAGCAACACACAUGCUUCUGCACACAGGAAAAAUAUUCAGCAUGCUCUGAUAGAACCCCUUUGAAAUCACAAAUAACUGUCAUGUCUGCGAACUAAUCUUUUAAAAUUCCCAGGGGGUAGGUAUUGUUUUGUGUUUUUGCAGCAGCAAAGUCUUAUACACCUUAAACGACAAGACAUAUAUUAUAGCACGAGCUUUCGUAGACAACACUCCAUCAUUCAUUCAAGCCCUAAAACAACAUUAUAUCAAUCCCUCACCUUUUCCUUACAGCUUUGAACGGUUGCUUCUUCCCGUGACCUGUGGGUGUUCCUAUAUUGCAAAAAUUGGGAUAGGUCUAUAUAUGAUACCCUGCAUCUCACAUCUUUCUAGUGUUAAACAUUCUAGUAUGGGUAAAGAGGAAGCAGUUUGCAGAGUUUUACAAAACAGUAAUCUCAUUCAAGCUUCUGGUCUCUCUAGCUUGACCAUCCUGGUUGCUUCCACAUCUCCAGAGCAAGGUGAAAGAAGAGCGGUAUUGCUCUAAUAGGGUAGAAGAGGGGAUGGAAUCCUAUUCCUUUCCCCAUUUAAGUCCUAGUAUGAUUUAUUUUGCCCUGCAUUGUGCACUAUUGCAGGGCAGGGGCACUCAGAAGUGAAUAUAGUCCUUGUAAGUUCCCUGGAAAUAUGCAUAGGGGACAGAAGUGAUCUAAGUAAGAUCUAAGUACACCUCCUGUUGCUUUUUACUCCUGCCUUUCUGGGACAAAGAAGCCAUGGUCAAUUUUUUUGUGGGGGGGGGGAGGGAGAGAAGAGGCCUUUUGUAACACUGAUUAACUUCUGCCUGUGCUUUGCAGUUGCAGCUCUGAAAAGCUGCCCUCCCCCCAAAAAAGAUAUGUGUCCCCCCCGUUUUGAUACCUAUUACCAUCAAGCUUUUCCAACUCUAAAAUCAAGUUUCAGAAGUGUUCAAAGCAGUUCAGAACAUAAUUAAAAUUGCAACAAUAUCCAUAUAGUAUAAGAAGUCGUCUUUAGUACUUUUGUGGGCGGCAGUCUUGCAAGGUUAUUCCAUCUUGUUUUUCGGUGGGUGGGUGUGUUUUAGAAAAACACACAGCUUGGCUGAAAGAAUUUAUCAAACUCCCAUAAAUGAAGGUUUGGUUUUGUCUUUCUUCUUUGCAGAAAAACUUUUCCAAACAGACUGUGAUUCAGCAUCAGUUUUUGGAUGAUAAUCCUCAGCAAUGUCUAUAAUUUAAACAUAAAAUCAUUAUUGGCCUUGCUGCUUGAAUUCAGAAGGAAUUAAUGAAUUCAAAACCUGUUGAUAAUUGACUGGCAGCUUCUAACACUUCCAUCCCGCACACCCCAGUCACAUAAAAAAGCAUAUACCAGACACUUCAUGUAACUGUUCCUCAGCAAUGUGCCUUUUUCUGAAGGCUCUGUGGAUCACAUUAAAAAAAACAAAAAACCAAGGUGCCCUGCUAUGGCUGUUGCAUUUUUAUUUCUCAUUCUAGCUUUUGACUCAUCCGAACUGUGUGUUAGCUCUUCCUCCUCCACAUCCACUUGACUGGUUAUUCUGAACUGAUAAAUCAUUAUUUAAUCUCAGCCCAAUGGUGGAAGAAGAACUACAAAGCUUGGACUAUUAGACCAUUGUUGAUCUUAACCUAGAGACAUUGAAACAAUAACAGUUGUAUCAAGCACUGUUGCAGAAAAUGAAUUUAGUUGCCCACCAGUUCAGCUAUAAAGCCACACGAUUUCUUGGAACACCUAUGCAGAGCUCAUGCGGACCUCUAAAAAAGAACUUUGGUUUGACUUUCCCCCUUUGUGUGGCACCCACCUCGACCCCUGGUGCCAUAUUAGACUUGGUCCUUUGUUUGAAGAGAUUUACCCUGUAGUUUAAGGCUCUGCUUCUUGUGAGAAGCAAGUCCAAAACCCCCAUGGGUUCACAGAAGCAUUACAGUUCUUUGAAUUCAGACCUGUAUAUUCUCCUCUCUCAGAGGAUGACAAGCAUCGCAUACUUCAGAGAAGUUUAUCCUUCUGGAAAGGGCGAAGAAGGAUAUUUUAAUCUGUAGGCAAUUGUUGGGCAGAAGGGCUUUCUGCCAAAAUACCAGCUUUGGGAUUAUCUCAUAGUAGACUGCUAAUCCAUGAGCUAAUAAUUUUACCUGAUACGCAGAGCUUGCAGGAUUGAAGUUCGUCUUCGUUUUUGCACUAAUUUCAAUUGCGCAUGUAUUUUUAAAAUAUCAAAACUGGUUUUUUGUUUUUUUCAUUUUAAGAAAUCAAGCCCUGCAAAUCACUGGUUAAAUGCUUGUUAAUGUUUAAUGCAAUUGUUGAUUUUCAUGAAAACUGUUGGGCUAACCUCUAGCUAUAUUCUUGCAUUUAUUCUCUUCUGCUCUAGGUGGGAAACAGUACGAUUAGCUCCCUUCCAAGCUGUGAUGAAGGCAUGUAAUACACAUCAACAUUUAUAUAAAUAUGUUUAACAGUGAAGGGUUUUUUUUAAAGCCAGCCUAAUGGCUACCUUCCACAUUUAUUUCUUAAAAAGGAAGAUACUACUGUGCUUUGCUUCUGUGUAAGGUCAAAAGCUUCUGUUGGCCUUUUUAUUGCAAAAAAAAAGUAUAUGAAAGUGAAUGUGCAAAUCAAUACAUAAAGUUAUUUUUUUAUAAGAUGGAAGAGCUUUCCUAACCUAAACAUGGGUUGUGUAUGUUAUCUGGCUAAGAAUUUACCCACCUGAUUUGUAAAAUGGUAAUGUGAAUGCUUCUCUGUAUGUUGUUGUUGUACACCAGUCACUGACUUUCUUCUUGGUCCUCUGGUAGUGAAUAUAUUGCUUCAGAACUAAAUAGUCAUAGUCAUGCUGAAGUACAGUUUCACGUUUUACUGGGACUGCCUGCAUUUUUCUAUAAAGGCUUUAUGAAAAAGAUAAAACAAUUCAGUAAUCUUGUGUUGACACCUGGCUUGGUAAAACAUGAGCUGCCUGUAAGAGUAGCCAAAUAUCUAAAUACUUAUUCUAAUAUCCUAUUAAAAUGGACCAUUCAGUUAUAAUCCAGCUAUAGUGUAAUAGGCAUUAGCAGCAUGGCAGCUUACAGCCAGGCUCAUAAUAAGCUAUUGUUUGUGCCAACUGAAUAUUGGGUUCUUGAGGUAGUGCAAAUGAGGCUGUGCACUUUGCACUUGCAGCAGAGUAAACUGCAUUGAUUUUAUUCUGUUGUGGAAGCUUACUGUAACAUAUAAUAAAUAGCUUUCAAUACU